AGCUUUGGCUGCAUCCACUCUUACCUUUGGUGCCGUUCUCAAACUAGUUUCUUUUCUCCAGAUUCUCCUUGCUUCCACUGCCUAACAUUUACCUCUCCCGCUAAGAAAGAUGUUGAAUUCGAAGUUAUUUGCUAAGCCUGGAAGUGAAAGUGACAAUGGAAGUAGCACCGAGGAAGAGUUAGAUGAGGUUCAAGAUACCAAUACUGCUGGUGGUGCAUCUCGUUAUCUUCCAGGUGGCAGUGACACUGAUGACGGUGAUCUCCCUAAACGUGUUGUUCAGCCAGGCAAAGACAAGCGUUUUGAGGAGAUGGUCCAUACCGCUGAGCAGAUGAAGCAUGCGAUGAACGUCAAUAAUUGGGUUAGUCUACUAGAGAACUUUGACAAGAUCAACAAGCAGCUGGAGAAAGUUAUGAGGAUUAAAGAGGCUGUGAAGGCUCCAGUCUUGUACAUCAAAACCCUUGUCAUGUUGGAAGACUUCUUAAAUGAAACUACUCUGGAAGCAAAGAAUGAGAUGAGCCACAGUAACUCCAAGGCUUUGAACUCAAUGAGACAGAGGUUGAAGAAGAAUAAUAAGAUGUAUGAAGAAGAGAUCAAUAAAUAUAGAGAGUCUUCGGAAACCGAGGAAGCGAAGGUAUCAGAGGAAGAGUUGUGUAAUAAGGAUCCAAAAGAGAUCACAUGGGAAUGGAUCAACCAAAAACUCAAAGAAGUUGUGUCUGCACGUGGAAGGAAAGGAACUGCUAGAUCUGAACUGAUUGAUCAGCUCACACACCUGAUGAGACUGGCCAAAACUCCAGCGCAGAAACUCGAGAUCUUGUUCGGUCUUGUCUCCGCACAGUUCGAUGUGAAUCCUGGUCUUAGCGGACACAUGCCUAUCGACGUCUGGAAGAAGUGUGUGAACAACAUGUUUACGAUACUUGACGUUCUUGUCAAGUACGAUAACAUCGUUGUCGACGACGCGGUUGAGCCUGACGAGAACGAAACUUCGAGACCAGAAGACUAUGAUGGGAAGAUUCGUGUCUGGGGGAACCUUGUUGCAUUCGUGGAGAGGAUAGAUACUGAGUUUUUCAAGAGUUUGCAGAGCGUUGAUCCUCAUGCGCGUGAGUAUGUGGAGAGAUUGAGAGAUGAGCCGAUGUUGUUAGCUCUUGCUCAAAACAUACAAGUCUACUUUGAGCGGUGUGGUGACUUUAAAUCUGCGGCAAAGGUGGCUUUAAGACGAGUUGAGUCAGUUUACUACAAGCCUCAGGAAGUUUAUGACGCUAUGAGGAAACUGGCUGAGCAAGAAGAUGAUAGUACUGGACCUGUUGUUCCUCGUAAGCCUACUUUUGCAGAGAGUAGUCGAGCUAUGAUGGAUGGUCUCGUCUCACUUAUUUACAAGUAUGGAGAUGAAAGGACCAAAGCACGUGCGAUUUUAUGUGAUAUCUACCACCAUUCUUUAAUGGACAAGUUCGGGACUGCUAGAGACUUGUUGCUGAUGAGUCAUCUUCAGGCCAAUGUUCAGCAUAUGGACAUGUCAACGCAGAUCCUCUUUAACAGAUCGAUGGCUCAGCUUGGUCUUUGCGCGUUUCGAGUUGGAAUGUUUACCGAGGCUCAAAGCUGCCUCUCUGAGCUGUGUUCUGGUCAAAGGGCGAGGGAAUUGCUUGCUCAAGGUGUCUCCCAAAGUAGAAAGGAGAAGACUCCUGAACAGGAAAGAUUGGAGAGGAGACGACAGAUGCCAUAUCACAUGCACAUAAACCUUGAGCUUCUUGAAGCUGUUCAUCUCAUAUGCGCCAUGCUAUUGGAAGUCCCUAACAUGUCAGCCAACUCUCAUGAUGCCAGACGCAAGGUGAUUAGCAAGAAUCUCCGUCGCCUGAUUGAGAUCAGCGAGAGGCAAGCAUUCACUGCUCCUCCUGAGAACGUCCGUGACCAUGUCAUGGCAGCAACACGAGCUCUCGCCAAAGGAGACUUCGAAAAGGCUUUUGAGGUUUUAAGCUCUCUUGAUAUAUGGAAACUGCUCAGGAAUCGCGAAACCGUUCUUGAUAUGGUGAAGGCUAGGGUCAAAGAGGAGGCGUUGAAGACUUAUCUCUUAACAUACUCAGCCUCUUACGAGUCCCUACGUCUAGAUCAUCUUGCUAAGAUGUUUGGUCUCUCUGAGAACCAAGUCCACAGCAUCGUGAGCAAGAUGAUGAUCAGUGAAGAACUCCAUGCAUACUGGGACCAACCUACACAUUGCAUCCUCUUCCACGAUGUCCAGCACAACAGGUUGCAAACGUUGGCUUUCAAGUUAAUAGAAAAACUUGCUGUUCUUGCGGAGAGUAAUGAAAGAGCAAUGGAGGCUAGGACCGGUGGAUAUGGAGGAAGAGGUGGUGGAACAGAGAACAGGGGAAUGCAGAUGGACGGCACGAGCCCUAUGGUCAGUCUCAACCGAGUUGUUCGCGCGUAGACUUACUUUGAUCACAUUUAAAAGCCAAAGGACUAGAGACAUCCUAAGACUUUGUUGUCAAUCUUUUUCUUCAAACUUGUUUUAAGACACCAGGAAACAGAUGGGUUCUACUUUUAUGUUCUGUUUUGGUUUUUAUUGUUUGUGGUUAAGAGAUUUUGACCUCUUUGGAUUUA